UAUAAAAUUAUACGAAACAAAAAUAAAGAAAAACGAAAAAUAACGAAAAAUUAAUAUCUUCCGCAUAUGUAUGUAAUGAUGAUGAGUCAUAUCCAAAGCGACUGCAGACUUAAUCUGGAUAUGCGGUAUUCAGUAUGUCUUCAAACAGAAAUGAUGUUCAUGUUUUAUGAAGAUGUGUCUUUGACCAAAUACUUUAAAAAUGAACUGGGAGAUCACUCGUUUAAUACGCAACUUUGAAAGAUUAUCUUUUAAACGUUGAUUUUCCUAAAAUUAAUGCAACCCACAGCCGAAUGCGAAUUAUAAUUAUAUGCAAAACAAAUGGUUACAAUGAGGCCAAAUAAAUACAAUGUUACACCAGGUUGCGGUCUAUGCCAAGAUUCUUUACCUCCUGAUGGUGGCGAUUCCUGGUGCGUUAUGUACUGUAGAAGACUAUGUAAUAAUGUCACAAUGUGCACACAACAAAGCUAUACAUUUAGCUGCAGAGGGAACAGUGUCAGCAGCAGACAUUUCACAAACACAAAAUAUAACGAUAGUUGGCCUCCCGGAUUUUGUGAACAACGAUUUCAAAAUAGCUUUUUAUGCAAAGGAAGCACAAAGAUAUUUGUGUUUCAACGAACAUUGGAAAUUGGUUGGAAUGCACAAAACGAAAGAACUCCACGAAACCUGCUAUUUCAACGAAACCAUCGUGCACGGUUACUUCGUUUUUCGUUCCGUUGUCAAUUUGCAGCGCCGCAUCGGUUUUACUCCACGAGGUAAAGCUGUUGGGCCGAAGAGGAAUGUUAACGAUGCUUGUUAUAUGUUUACCAAGAUACCAACUGAUCAAUUUCUCCAUCAGCUUGCUACUUUUUUGCCGCGCAGUUCAAUAGCUACAACAACAAAACCACAAUCAUCUCAACAAGGCACAAUGAAUAAUACUAACAUAUACGGAGACCUGAACUUGAAUAUUGAAAGUAGUCACGAAAAAGGAGGAAAACAGUUUGAAAAUUUACAACAACAGCACUUAAGCCGUGAUAACGACCAACGCUUAAAUGGAAUACAAAACAAGUAUGUUAACGAAAAGGAAUUCGAUCAUCGGGAUCAUACGCAGGACUAUAGUAAGAACUUGGAUUUAAUUAAAGUUAAAAAGUCAUAUUCUAAAUUACACAUGGGCUUGAACAAUUUUACGAAAGAACGUAAGCAACGUUUGCAUUUCUUAAACUCGCCACGCCAGAAGCAACAUCAAGUCAGACAUCAUCACAACAACCCACAUAUGCUAGCAAGAAGGAAACACCAUGAGCAAAAAGAAAAGCACAAACAUUGUCAUCUCGUCAACUCUAGUCCGAAUGUUUCCACAUUAUCCAUAACAAGUCGAAAAAGAACAGCUGCAGCGUUUUCGUCUACUGCACCAACGCUAAUGAAAUCAACGUUUAACAAGAAAACAUCUAGCUACUCUCAAUAUUUCCGGAUAGCAACAACCGUUGGCGUAAACAUCAGCAGCGUGACGUCAAUCACAACGCUGAAUAGACGAAAAGAUCGCCGAAGAAAAGUUCACAAGGUUCGAGCGAAUCAUACAGAAGGGCCUGUGGCGCUAGAUAUGCAGAAUGAACCUCACCACAUGACACCUUCGAAAAGUAAGCCGAUUAGUCGUUACGCUGCACCUUUGCCUACAGUAAGCCCGCAGCAAUCUUUUAGCAAUCUAAAAGAAAUUAACCAAAAUCCAGAAGUUAAAAAAAAAAGAACCUUUACUGGAGAAACUCAGAUGAAAUCAUAUAUCACACGUGAAAAGGAAUAUUCGACCACCGAAAGUGUAUCUACCUGGGAGAAAUUAUCUUCUACCAUUUUGACUACCAUAACUGAAGAGGUCAAGUUAUCCUCUUCAACAUCUCCUUAUUUCUCCAACCGUUCAUCAUCUUUCAAGGAGGAUUCAGUGCUGGAUAUUACUAACGCGACAGCAUUUAAUAAACACGAACCAAAUAAAAUAGCGGCAACCUCCAUGGAACAAUAUUUUUCGCACAGAACGACUUUUGACCGUGUCAUGUUAACUACAUCUCGAAUUUUGACUGCGCAACAGCUAAAUAAGACUGACGGAGAGAAAGGAAAAAAUGUCACGCAAUCUAAUUUUUUAAGUAUUCCAAAGGCUAUUCUUCCGUCGAUUUCAUUCACUUCGGGUUUGUGGUCAGUAAACGGUUCCCUGGAAAGCAAUGCGUCUAGGUGGCAUGAAAUGUCAACAAAAAUACAAAAAGUGAAAGCUAAUGAUAUGUCAAUAUCGGUUAAGAACGACAUACCAGAAAAUGGGGCCAAGUUACAGGAAAAUUCCUCUCUCGUAUCCAUUCCUUUUAAAGAUGAACAUGAUGAAGUAAGAUUAAGCCCAUGUAACAUUCCUAAGUCAGUGCAAGAAGAUGAGCACGAUCGUAUGGUAACUGUACAGUUCCCAAAAAUUCAAAAUCGCGCUGAAAAACCCGAAAAUGAUGUUGAAAAAAAAAAAAAAAAAAUAUCACUUACAAUUUUAUCAACAACGCCAAGAGCAGUAGUCACGACGACAAAGCUGAAACCGGCACUCAUAUCAGCUACGCUCACAUUGUUAUCUCCUGAAAACUCAUCAGUAACAAGUAUCGAUAAGAAUGACAGCGCAAAUAAAACAAAUAAUUCAUCAAUAAAUAAUAGUACUAAUGAUAAUCGGUUGCCAUUAUUCUCAUUAAUGCCUACAGCAAUGACUACUCCUCGUAUGUCCCUAAGAAGUUUAAUUAUAAAUAAAGCCUCAAAAAAUUUUAGCCAGAAAGUAAUAGCUACGCCGUUUCAUCAACUAACAUAUGUUCGCAACCAGGCGGGAGAAAUUGAUAUAGAUAAUAUCGAUAACAUUAACAUAUAUCCUCAUCUUCUCGACGAUAAUGGUGGAAGCAAAGUUGCCAUUCUUAAGCAAGAUAUCGGUAAUGAUGGUCAACGGACCCUGAUCACGGCCUAUUUACCUACUUUGGCAACAGCUACGUUGCCCGAGUCGAUACGAAUAGCCAAAAUUAAAAUAAAUCGUGAACGCAAGCGUAGAAUGCAUUUACAUAGUAUCGACGUAUACACCUAGCUGUGUUGUGCGUAGUUUAUACAUUUCUAACUUUGAAGUCAGAAGACAGCAAACAUGAUUAGAAGAAAGAAAGCGCUAACAUGCAUGAUUUUUUACGGUUCUUUCGCACUUUGCGCUAAAUAGUUUUGUCAUCGAGUCUCAGAUUUCUAAAUAAAUUAUAAUACCUGGAAGCGGAUAUAAGAACAAAUAUGAAAAAUGGAGCAAAACAGGCCGCAUACAUUCUAAAGAGAAUUUUCAUUUGUAAAGGAUUUUUAAAGUUUUCCAUCCGUGGAAUUCUUGGUUAAAAGCUAUAUUUAGAGAUAUAUGUAAAAUAUGUUAACUAAGUAAUUAGCAUCAGGGACAGAAAAUUAAAAUAUGGCAAUGAAACUACGGUGGAACGAGCCUAUUCCCUUGAACGCAUUGAAGUUGAUCAAUUUGUGAGCUCUGACUGCUUGGGUAUGGCCCUUCGGUGAGUAUUCGUGGUGGUUGUGGUUUUCAUUCAUUCCAAGCCAAAGUGGAACAAAUCAAGGUGCGAAUAGGCCUCAACAUUGAUCAGAGUGGGUUUAUUGAGCCAUACACAAUAAACAAUCUGGACUCUGGUGCUGUUUAGGCCCCUAGUUUAUAGGGAUUGUCUAUUUCGCCUGGAGGCGUGGGUUACCCUUAAAUAACCCACGUGGCUUGGGCCACCGUGGAAUUAAGCCAUCAAGGCAGGUACCCAUUUGAAACCCAUGUCGCAAUCACUGUACUAUCCUAUCAUUUUCGUGAAUUAUGUGAAUUUUAUGAAAAUAUAUUUCUUGUCUGUUAAAGUGUUGCGAGAUUUUAUGAUUUAUCUUGUAAGAAAGCAAGGCUGCCCGAAGCCCUGCUUCACAGAUAUACUUGCUCGCUAUUGUAAACUUACGCCGAUAUAUUCAUAUAAAUGUAUUCUUAUUUAAGUACUUACAUAAAAGCGAAGUACUUAAAUUCGAAUUACACCUCUGUGCACUUCUGAAUUAUAUACCUACACUCA